UAAUUAAUUAUUGUUUCUUGGGGGCGAAAGUGUUAGUAGCGACUAAUACCGGAUCGGUCGUUGGUGCUUCACAAUCUCGUUUCACUCCUUUCCUCUUCUACAGAUUCAACUGAAAUCGAUUUGAAUUGAUUCUCACUCCAUAAAUAAAUGUAAGAAUCAUGCCGUUGAGGAGAAUGGUAUUGGUGGAGGUGGAGCCGCCGAGCCUACUCAGAUACUUGAUCGGAGCAACCAUAAUGAUGUUGGGAGUGGUGGUUCCUGUGGGUUAUAUGAUGUUUCGCAACAAAAGAGUUCCUUCCUCUUCUUCAUAUUCCAAACAGACGUAGGUGUGCCCUUCUCAUAUUGUUAUAUAAGAAGAAAAAUCUUAUCAAAAGUUAUAUAAGAAGAAAAAUCAAAAUACCGAAGGC